AAGUACACAGAACGCUUCAGGUAGUCAAAAGCAACGCAGGCUUGAGCCGCACUGUUAGGUUUUAUGUUGCUCUUGGUAAAUAUUCUUUGAAAUGUAAAAAAAAAUAAAUAAAUAAAUAAAAAAGAAGCCAUGACGCAGGCAGAGAAAGAGCAGGACAGCGGGAAGGAGAAGGAAAAGGAGAAAGAGAAGGAGCAACAGCGCGGAGUGAAGAGACCCAUCACUCCUGCAGCAAUCCCUGAACCUCCUCAAGAGCAAAUACAAAGCAGUUUCGUCAUUGUGAUCCACCCUGGAUCCAGAACGCUUCGCAUCGGCCGAGCCACAGACACCCUCCCUAUAACCGUCCCUCAUGUAAUCGCACGGAGACAUAAGCAGGGCGGACAGGCCAGGUAUGAAGAUGCUUGGCUGCUGAGAGACGGCCUGAAUCAGAAGGCAGAGAGCAGCGAACAAAGACAGAAUGGACUAAAAAUGGUGGAGCAGGCCAUCUGGUCCAAGAAGAUGUCCAAUGGUGUGAGACGGACUCCUGUGUCUGCUGAACAGGCCAGAGCUUAUAACUGUCAGAUUCGUCCGGCAGUUCUGGACAGCAGUUCAAGAGUGAAGUGGACAAACACCAGCCACCAUCCCAGUCAUCUGGUGGGAGAGGAGGCUCUUUAUGUGAAUCCAUCAGACUGUUACGACAUCCACUGGCCUGUUGUCAGAGGUCAGCUCAACGUGCAUUCUGGCCCCGGAGGCUCUCUGACUGCGGUGCUGGCUGAUCUUGAAGAUAUCUGGAGUCACGUCAUUCAGAAGCACCUGGAAAUUCCCCUAAAAGAGUUAAAGUACUACAGAUGCAUACUGUUGGUCCCAGACAUCUACAACAGACAUCAUGUAAAAGAAAUCGUCACCAUGUUGCUGCAAAAUAUGGGCUUUUCAGGCAUCAUUGUUCACCAGGAGUCUGUGUGCGCAACAUUUGGCAGUGGGUUAAGCAGUGCUUGUGUGGUGGAUGUAGGCGAUCAGAAAACCAGUAUUAGCUGUGUUGAGGAUGGAGUAUCCCAUCGAAAUACGAGGCUCUGUUUGGCAUACGGAGGUUCUGAUGUGACCCGUACUUUCCUCUGGCUCCUGCAGAGGGCAGGAUUUCCCUACAGAGACUGUCAGCUGACCAACAGGCUGGACUGUCAGCUCCUGCAGCACCUAAAGGAGACCUUCUGUCAUCUGGAUCAGGACAUUUCUGGAUUACAGGAUCAUGAGUUUCAGACACGUUUCCCAGAAACCCCAGCUCUUCUCUACCAAAUUCGACUUGGGGAUGAAAAAUUACAGGCACCAAUGGGUCUUUUCUACCCGAGCACAUUUGGCAUUGUUGGUCAGAAAAUGACAUCACUACAGCACCGUUCCCAAGGCAGCUCAGAAGAUCCGCAUGAUGAACACUACCUGCUGGCCACACAGAGCAAAGGGGACCAGUCCUCCAAAUCUGCAGCAGAACGGAAAGCUGUUUCCAGGCCAAGUGGGGGUUUGGAUUCUGAGAUGGGCUGUCAGGGAAGAAUGGGGGAGAUGUCUGAUGUGCCCAGAGGCUGUGGAAGUGGGAGUGGAGGUGCUGUAGGAGGAGGGAUGCAUGGAGAAAUGGAGCUGGGGCCUGCCCAGGGAGAGGGCCUGAUGGGGUCAGGAGAGGUGGAGGAGUCUCUCUCUUCUCACCAAUCCAGGAAGACGGCCAUCAUCAGCCAAUUUGAGGGCAAAGCCUUGGGACUGGACAAGGCUAUCCUGCAUAGCAUCGACUGCUGUGCAUCAGACGAAACCAAGCGGAAGAUGUACAGCUCCAUCCUGGUUGUGGGAGGGGGGCUCAUGUUUCACGGCGCUCAGGAAUUUCUGCUUCAUCGCAUCAUCAAUAAGAUGCCGCCUUCCUUCAGAAGGCUGGUGGACAACGUGGAAGUUAUCACACGGCCAAAGGAUAUGGACCCCAGGCUGAUUUCAUGGAAGGGAGGAGCAGUGCUUGCCUGCCUGGACACCACACAAGAGAUGUGGAUUCAUCAGAGCGAGUGGCAGCGCUUCGGGGUCCGAAUGCUCAGAGAGAGAGCUGCAUUCGUUUGGUGAAAACAAAAGGGGGCUCUGAAGCUAAAAGUCAGUUUACACAGAAGAAGGUAGACUAGAG